UCCAAAUUUCACACCGAGAGAGCAACAGAAACUUCUAGAUAUUGCAGAAGAUUACAUAGGUAUCAUUGAAAACAAACGAACAAAUGCGGUGACAGUCAGGCAGAAAAACGAAGCAUGGGAAACCAUCGCCCGCCGUUUCAAUUCGGCACCAGACACAACCUUCCGGGAGCCACGGAAGCUCAAAAAGUGUUACGAAAAUCUCAAAAAAAGGAGCAGGAGGCUGAUAGCACACAACAGAAUUCAAACUAUGCUGACAGGCGGGGGAGAAAGGGACUUGCCAACUGGUGAAGGAGGCGAGCAACUGACGACGACCCAAGCAGCUCAGGAGGUAGAGACGGCGGAGAGAGUUGCCGCUCUACUGGCGGAACAGUUUGCACCGAACGAAAAUGCGUUCGACUCCGAUGCUCCUUUGUACGGUACGCUUGGGAACGCUGACACAGAACGAACCAGUAUCGAGCUGGAAGUAAUGGCUGCCCCACCAUCUGCCACUGGGCCCAGCACAUCUUCAGGAACUGUUGAAGCUUCUACCGUGACACAAAACGAAAGCCAUAAUGUCAUGCCUACAGCAGCAUCACGUAUGGCGGGGCAACCUGUUAGAGCAUCCACCAGCCAGCGUGCCCUGGACACAUAUGCUGGAGUUGCUGAUGCCAGAAAAGCAUACUUUGAGGAAAAGCUGAAGAUGCUGAAGGAGCAACACGAAAUGAAAAUGAAGGUGCUCCUCUGCGAGGCAGAGCUGACAGAGACACAGCUGGCAAAAGCAAAGCUUGAAUUACAGAGACUGCAACAGCAUACUCACAUUUAGCAUAUGCUUCCUUUGUUGAUGAAAUAUAUAUGUUUGCAGUAUAAUAUAUAACGCAGUAAUAUAUAUAUAUAUGUUUGCAGUACAAAGUGUAUGACCCCUGCAUUUAACUAAAAGUGACUUGUAAAUAAAGCAUUUUUCU